UCAAGAAAGUCCUAAUCCGCCAGAGAAGCGACCUAAAGCAGGACUGUCCUACACGGUUCAAAUCCGUGCUGCACAGACUCAUGCACUCAUGGCCAUGGCUCCAUGCACAGCCGACUGACCGGCCGAAGUGGCUGAAGGGAAGAAUGGCCAAAACGUCCACAAAAAGAGGCUGGGUGCCGUCCAGCCGCUAGCGGCCACGGCGCAGAGAGACGCGAAUGCGCCUCUCAGCAAAGAGGAUUAAGCAGAAGAGACAUAGCACCCCCGCCACCAGGACACCCCCCCGCACCGGCCCCACGCACCCAAAGCAGAAGGCUGCUCUCGUACCAGCACAAACCGGGAAGCAAAGUAAGACGAAGGCGAAGAGAGACCGUGCAAGUAAAUUCACCAGCAACCAAGCCCAAACCACCGCCCCCAGGAGUAUGUCCAGCAGAUUUCCGAAGAGCGCGGCCCAGAGAGACACGGUCCUUGUGAUGUUCCUUCUCCAUACGCGCCGCAGUGCCCUUUGCAGCUGAUUCCAUGUGAGGCGGAGAGCAGUGCUGUCCAUUGCGAGUCUCAAGAGCCACGCGAAAGAAAUGGGUACGAUCAUCACAGCGAUGUCGCAAGGACCACAUUUCCCUUCGCACGAGCUGGUCUGAAGCCAUCGUCGGCUCAGUGCAUCGGUCACUACCGCCGCGGCGAAGCGGGGGGCCAUCGACACAAGCCCAGGCAGCAGCAUGUAUGCCGCCGUCACACAUGCGGUCGGAUGCGGCGAGCGGCCACUUGAGUGAUAGAGGGGAUGGAAGAGGCUCAGCAGCAUGUGGAUGACGAAGCGCAAGGCCAUCAUGCCAAGGGUCCCCGCAGCAAGAGAGAAGAGGAUCCCGGCGAAUUCCUCUCUCUCUUCUUCUGGCAAGGCUGCGAGGCCAUGGCGGAAUGCAGAGAGGUCCUGUCUCAUGCUCACAGAGAAAGAAGGUUGCUCCGGUCGCCGGCAUAAGCCAUCCAGGACGCCAAAUGCGACGAUGAGGACGCAUGCUGCCGGCAGACACCCAAGUAGUUGGGCGUUGCUUGUGCCGUCGAACCGGUAUGGGGCCUUACAAAUGUAGCAGUUGACCAUCCGCCAUCCUAAACACAGACACACGCGGCAGCCAGCAACACGAGUGCAUACUGCCGCCCUCUCCUUCAUCGAAUGCUCACCACUCCUCCUCAUCGCUUCCCACAGACAACUGGCGUGGACCCACUUGCCUGAGAGACACAAGGGGCGUUCAGUGCAUGCAGUUCCCUCUGUGAGUCUCCCUCCCUCCCCCCAUCUCUGUUACCCGUCCCUCGGCAGUCACAUGGCGAUAUGAGCGGCCCUGUGUCGACGUCCUCGUUGCUGUCCAGGCAGAUGCGGCAGCUGGCAUCGGGCUCCGGCGGCCACACGAGCCACGGCGAGAGGCACUCCGCGAGCAGGCCCAU